AACUACUACAGCCCCCGCCGGCGGCCUAAGCUCCUGGAUUGCAGACACACAUGCUGCUCAGUGUGUUUGACCCAGAUGCGCAGCACCCAGAAAGAGAUUCGUUGUCCCUGGUGCCGUGGCGUCACCAAGCUCCCGCCGGGUCUCUCUGUGUCCCAGCUUCCGGAUGACCCAGACAUCAUCACUGUCAUUGCCAUCCCUCAUGCCUCUGAGCACACGCCCGUGUUCAUCCGGCUCCCUAGCAACGGCUGCUACAUGCUUCCCCUGCCUGUCGCCAAGGAGCGGGCACUCGGCCUUCCAGGGGAGCUGGGAUGUCACUUCCUGCCUGGCAGCCAGCAGAAGGGGAUAGCAGUGGUGACUGUGCCUGAGCAGCAGCCUCUGGGGCUGGCUAUGGAUCUGGAGGGAGGGGAGGUUGAACAGAGAGUUACUGGCCCUGUGGGAGGAGGAGGGAAGGGCUCCACGUGGUCUGGCGUUUGCACAGUGAUUCUGGUGGCGUGUGUGCUGCUCUUCCUCCUGGGCAUUGUGCUACACAACAUGUCCUGCAUCUCCAAACGUUUCACUGUCAUCUCCUGUGGCUGAGGACAGGGGGAGGCUGCACGGACUGCCGUCACCCCCCCCCCCUGAAUUUCUCCAUUUUCUCCACUAGUCCUGACUCUCCUUAGCGUGGGAGGAGAGGGCAAACUAAAGUCAUAUCUUGGCCAUCUAAAGAAACUAGCAAUGUAGAAAGACACAGAUGAAGAAGAAGGAGAAUCACAAAUGGCCAGCCAUUUGUCCCCUUUUUUAAAUUACCAAACAGCACUUCACUUUCCUCUUGUCCAACAGUUACUGGCCUGUACUGGUCCUUCCAUUUUUCUCAAACAAGGUUUUGGGAAUAACUCCAGGAAUAUUUUUGGCGAGCUGAUUUGUUUUUGGCUUGGAGCCGGUUUCACAUUCACUUACGCUCACAGUGGUUGGAUUGCCUGUUUAGUCUGUGGUUUGUAGAAGUGCACCAGUUAUCAUAGCGUUGUUUAGCUGAGUGUAGGAUCUGAGUGCAGGGUCUCCAGCUGGUGCUGCAGCACACAGGGUCCAGAUGUACCUGCUCUCUGCCCUCUGGAGCUGCAGGAAUGACAGCAACUGUGGCUCUGUCUGAGUCGACUCAAUAUCUACACAGCUUUCAUUUUCUUUUUUUUACAACCCGUUCCUGUUCAGAACAAACUGUUGCUAUGAUGUUGUUUCAUGUGUUAAAUGGGCUACUGCCAAAAAAAAGGAGAACAUAGUGUAUAUUGAAAUGGUCAUUUAUGUCAGUGUAUUAUACAGCUAAACUAAAAGUGUGGGUACUGAGCAACUUUAAAAUUUUGAAUUUGUGCAGUUUGAUAACUUGAUAAGUCAAUUAAAGGAAUUUAAAAAGAAAAUCUUUGGAUUUUGGUCUGUUGGUUGCAUAAAACAAGCUAACUGAAGGCAUCGCAUGGACUGUACAGUUCUCUGACAAUUUCUUUACUAAAUUACUUAA